AUGUCUCGCCGAACUUGGCACGAAUAUUUCUCUUCUACUUCUGAAACUGAUAUCGAAUCUUUUACAAAAGAGAAUAAAGUUUCUACUUAUCGUACCGAGCAUUUUCAAGCUGGUAAAACAACUACAUAUCGUUGUACGGAAUAUAGAAAAUGUCCUCUUUGCCUUUUUCAAUUAAAAUCAAAAGAAUCCAAUAAUAAAUUUACAGUAUUUAAAUCCGAAUCGCAUAAUCAUGAUCAACGUAAUGACACAAGUCGUCUCAAAUCGCCUAUUCGUGAUACUGUUCGCCAAAUGUCGGAUAAAGGUAUGAUACAAACACAAAUCAGGAAAGCUGUGUCAGUAACUCAUCCAAGUUUAACCGUAGAUACAAAAAUUAAAAAUAUUGUUCAGUAUAGUCGUUUAAAAACUCUUAAAAGUAUAAUAUCAAUUGAUGAUUUGCAAAUAUGGUGUAACCAAUAUCUUAAUUGUCCAUCUCCAGAUAAAUUGCAUGACGUAUUUGUGCCAUAUUAUGAAGCUAUUGAUAUUAAUCAUAUAUUUAUUUGUAUUACUACACGUCAGUUAUUAUCUGCGUGUAAAUAUUCAUCUACAUUAGCUAUUGAUUGUACAUAUAAAAUAACAUACAAUGAAUUACCUUUACUCGUUUUUGGAACAUCAGAUUUAAAUCGACAUUUUCAUCCAUUAGGAUUAUGUUUAAUAUCAACAGAUGAAUAA